AAGCUUCCUGUUUUCCAGAAUGGCGAACACAUUAUAUUCAACACAGCAGUGAUAAUCCAGUAUAUAGAAAGAAUUGCUGUUGUCUCAUCAGGCGGCGGUAAAAUCACUGUCAGCAGUGGAGAAGUUGUUGAAUGGAUGAAUAAGAUACAAGAGUGGAACCCAAAGUUCUUCACGCUCUCCCACAUCCCUGAGAAGUAUCGCCUUUUUAUUUCUAAAUUCAUGCGUAGAGUGGUAAUUGCCCGGAUGUCUGAAUUUCCUGAUCUAGCAAGUGCUUACCAUCGUAAGCUGAGAGAUGAAUACGAAACAGAAGACAAGUUGAAAAACCCAGAAGUUCUGAGACGAAGCAAGAAACAUCUGGUAAGCCUUCUUGAUGAAGCAGAGACAAAACUGAGCGAAACAUUGUAUUUAGUUGGGGAAGAGUUUACUAUGGCUGAUGUUAUGUUCAUUCCAGUGCUGGCGCGAUUAGAGCUGUUGAAUUUGCAAGAUGAGUAUAUCAAUAGCCGUCCAAAUGUUGCUGAGUACUGGAAUGGGGUGAAGCAGAGGCCUAGUUAUAAGAAAGUGAUUGGAAGGUACUUUAACGGCUGGAGGAAGUACAAAACCCUGUUGAAAACUUGGUGCUUUCUUCAGAUCAGAAGUAAGCUCAGUAGAUAUUGAUGAAUAACAAAGCAAUCACUCUGUUAUUCUGAAUAUGUGAAUGAUUUUAGUGGAAAAGAAAUCUGGUUUGUAAGAUGUGCACCAGGAAUGUCAAAUUAUUUGUACAGAAUAAGCUUCAAAUAGCAUUAGAUCUCUCUCUCUCUCUCUCUCUCUCUCUCUCUUUUGCCCUUUCUUUUUUCUGGGUGGAAUUUGGUUUUAUUUUAAUUUUUGGAGAGAGGUUGUAUUGGAAAUUAAUUUUGUUUA